GGUAGUGCAGCGGCAGCGCGAGGCAGAUUAGAGCUGUGCCUGGGAUCAGUGAGCACACGCGCUCUGUCCCCCUCCCUCUCAGAGCAACUAGUGCCUCUGUCUAUCUCCUCUCCUUUCUCUGCUUUUCCUCUCUCUUUAGCUUUUCACUAGUUUUCCCUCAUUCUGUUGUUCCCGUCGGCGGAUGAUUCGUGUGUUUCUCUUUGAGAAGCAGCUUUGAUUUUCCUUUGUGUGAAGAAAAAAAAUCGCGCAUUCGCACGGACUCGCGCUGCGCGCACACCUCUCCGGUUAAACCAGCGCCGUUUCCUCUUUUCUAGUUAAACGGAAAUAAGAAUAAAGAAAAUGCAUCUUUACAAUUUCAUCGGUAUUUCCCCAUGUAAGCACACACUUUCCCCCCGUAUGUUAGUAUGUGGUGUAUAGCAGUUAGAACGAGCGCUGGUUUGAGGUUUAGAGAGACCGAGCUGUAAGUAGGUCGGGCUGGGUUUAAGCGGCUUUAGCCUGCGUCAGCCUAAGCUGGGAGGAAUUCACCCAAAGCCCUCCGCGGUAGGCGGGGGCCUAAACGAGGCUGGCCUAGUUAAGCCUGAUUCUUAUUAUUGCCGUGUGUGUUGUGUAACACAGAGCAGAGAAGACCUCGGAUGAGAGAGAGUACAUGCGUUAGACAGAGACUGUUUGAUUGAGAAUCCAUGAAGGGGGAGAAAGAAGAGGGACAAGGAAGAGAGUGAGUGAGAGUUAAACCAGUAUUAGGCUGAGCCUCAUCACAGAACAGAAAGAAAAGGGAGGUUGAGAACCAGACCAAAUCUCAAAAGAAGCGAGAUAUUGUGUUGAGUUAGUGCUGGUGUCUAGGCCUGGCUCGGUCCAGUCUGGUUCCCUGGGCUAUGUUCUAAGAUGGCGUCUGGGUCCGUCUACAUGUCGUCCAGUAUGGUGGGUAAGGCUCGCUCGUCCAACUUCACCCUGUCUGAGAAACUGGACCUGCUGAAGCUGGUCCGCCCACACAUUCUCAUCCUGGAGGAGCACACCAACAAGCACGCUGUCAUCGUGGACAAGAACAAGUGCUGGGACACAGUGUCUGAGCAGUACAACGUCCUGGGGGGGGACAGGCCACCCCGCACUGCCCAGGGCCUACGCACCCUCUACAAGAGGCUGAAGGAGUCGGCCAAACAGGAAGUGAUGCAACGGAGACACGCCCAGCCAGAGUACAGAGGAAGUAUAUCUGAACCAACCAGGAGAGUGAUGGAGAUGAUACCUCACCUUUUCCAUCACGGAGCUAUCCACCAUGAUAAAGACCCAGCAACGAUGCACAGGAUGAUGUAUAAGCAUGACUCUCCUAUGGAGCAACCUGGCAGCAGCUCCUCGCUCCCAGACUACCCAUCAAACCCCGUCACACACCACCUGGACCAGGAUGUGGUCAGGCUGGACCAGGAUGUGGUCAGGCUGGACCAGGACGUGGACGUGAAGCCUCCGCCAGACCUGACCAUCCUCUCCACGCGUGUGGGGGUGGUGCUAGGAGGAGAGGGGGCGGAGGAGGAAGAUGAGGAGUUGGGCAGUGUCCAUGGUUAUGACGGCUCCCUCUCUCCCUGCCCAUCCUCCGUCGUCCUGCCCCUCUCCACCUCACCCGUUACACUGCAACGUGACCUUUACCCUCAUGACCACUACCCCCGCCGUGACCCUGACAGGCUCCGUCCCCUUCAGCUGGCCAAGGAGGAGCACGAGCAGGUCAUGACCAAUCACAGAAAGAUGGGCGUAUACCUGGAGGAGAAGAGGGAGGGGCUAAAGAGGAAGCAGGAACUGGAGGAGGAGCUUCUGAGAGCAAAAAUCAAAGUAGAGAAACUGAGGGCAGCCAGGCUGAGACAUGGACUACCACUGCCCCUAUAACUAACACACUCAUGGCCUGAUUGGACUGACCAUUUGGCACUCAGGAGGAUGCUCUGAAUUGUUUGUAUUACUGUGUUGAAUGUUUAGCAUGUGGAAGAGGGGUUUGGCCUGAGAAAUAAUGUUUGUGUGAUGAACAGUGAGUUUGAGGGAGGAUUUAAAGGUCCAAUGCAGCCUUCUCUAUCUCAAUAUCAAAUCAUUUCUGGGUAACAAUGAAUUACCUUACUGUGAUUGUCUAUUUUUUAUCAUUUUAAUGGAAAACAAAAAUAGAUUCUUAGCAAAGUUCAAUUUCUCAAAUAAGAAUUUUGCUAGGAUUCUCUGCGAGUGGUCUGAGUGGGGAGGGGAAAACUGAAAACAAACUGUUAUUGGCAGAACAGUUUGGAACUCUCUUUCUUAUUGGUCUAUUAACACAUUUAUGGUGAUGUCACCAGGCAGGUCAAAACUCCAUCCCAUCAGAACAGGCUGAAAUUUCAGCCGAUCUUUUCAAACAUCUCUUACGCUAAAAAGGCAUUAUCAUUAAUUUCACCAUUUCACAGUAUUCCAAUCUCAUAGUGUGGAAAUAUACAGUACUAGUCAAAAGUUUGGACACAUCUACUAAUUCAAUUGUACUAUUUUCUACAUUGUAGAAUAAUAGUGAAGACAUCAAAACCAUGAAAUAACACAUAUUGAAUUAAAAAAAAAAACACAUAUUGCACCAAAAAAGUGUUCAACAAAUCAAAAUAUAUUUUAUAUUCUUCGAAGUAGCCACCCUUUUGUCUUGAUGACAGCUUUGCACACUCUUGGCAUUUUCUCAACCAGCUUCAUGAGGAAUGCUUUUCCAACAGUCUUGAAGGAGUUCCCACAAAUGCUGACCACUUGUUGGCUGCUUUUCCUCCACUCUACAGUCCAACUCAUCCCAAACCAUCUCAAUUGGGUUGAGGUCGGGUGAUUGUGGAGGCCAGGUCAGCUGAUGCUGCACCAUCUCUCUCCUUCUUGGUCAAAUAGCCCUUACACAGCCUGGAGGUGUGUUUUAGGUCAUUGUCCUGUUGAUAUAUUAAUGAUAGUCCCACUAAGCGUAAACCAGAUGGGAUGGCGUAUCGCUGCAGAAUGCUGUGGUAACUAUGCUGGUUAAGUGUGCCUUGAAUUCUAAAUAAAUCACAGAUAGUGUCAUGAGCAAAGCACCAUCACACCUCCUCCAUGCUUCACGGUGGGAACCACACAUGCGGAGAUCAUCCGUUCACCUACUCUGUGUUUCACAAAGACAUGGCGGUUGGAACCAAAAAUCUCACAUUUGGACUCAUCAGACCAAAGGACAAAUUUCCAACGAUCUAAUGUCCAUUGCUCAUGUUUUUGGCCCCAAAAAGUAUUUUCUUAUUGGUGUCCUUUAGUAGUGGUUUCUUUGCAGCAAUUAGACCAGGAAGGCCUGAUUCAAGCAGUCUCCUCUGAACAGUUGAUGUUGAGAUGUCUGUUACUUGAACUCUGAAGCAUUUAUUUGGGCUGCAAUUUCUGAGACUGGUAACUCUAAUGAACUUAUCCUCUGCAGCAGAGGUAACUCUGGGUCUUCCUUUCCUGUGGCAGUCUUAAUGAGAGCCAGUUUCAUUAUAGCGCUUGAUGAUUUUUGUGACUGCAGUUGAAGAAACUUUAAAAGUUCUUAAUGUUCCCUAUUGACUGACCUUCAUGUCUUUAAGUAAUGAUGGACUGUUGUUUCUCUUUGCUUAUUUGAGCUGUUCUUGCCAUAAUAUGGACUUGGUCUUUUACCAAAUAGGGCUAUCUUCUGUAUACCAACCCUACCUUGUCACAACACAACUGAUUGGCUCAAACGCAAUAAGAAGGAAAUACAUGUUUUAACAUGGCACACCUGUUAAUGGAAAUGCUUUCAAGGAAUACCUCAUGAAGCUGGUUGAGAGAAUGCCAAGUGUGUGCGAAGCUGUCAUCAAGGCAAAGGGUGGCUACUUUUGAAGAAUCAAAAAUAUAUUUGAGCUAUGACUCUGGAGCAAAAGACAAUACAGAUCUCUGCUUUUGUCAGACAAGAGGCGCUACUAUCACUGGUUUUAAAACUGGUACUAUUUUGACUGGUUUCAUUUCGUUCAAAACCCUGUGUUGCUUUACCAUCCUAUUAGGAGGGAAGAUGAUAGGUGAUGGGGUGGGAAGUGGAUUGGGAGGAAGGAGGGGUUUAGAAGGGGGUGUUGCUGUUACAGUGGUGUGAUGUUCAGUGUUUGUUGUUCAGAUCUUCUGUGGUUUCAUUGUUUUCUAUUAAAAUAUUUUUUCUAAAUUGGUUUUGUGCUUUAUCACCUCUUCCCUUCUCCAACCUCCCCUUCUCUAUCCCUCUCUCCUCCCCUCUUCUUUAGCCCCUCGCCCACACCGUACUUUCUCCGCUAUGCAAUCUGGUUUCAGAGCUGGUCAUGGGUGCACCUCAGCCACGCUCAAGGUCCUAAACAACAUCAUAACCGCCAUCGAUAAGAGACAUUACUGUGCAGCCGUAUUCACCGACCUGGCCAAGGCUUUCGACUCUGUCAAUCACCACAUUCUUAUUGGCAGACUCGACAGCUUUGGUUUCUCAAAUGAUUGCCUCGCCUGGUUUACCAACUACUUCUCUGAUAGAGUUCAGUGUGUCAAAACGGAGGGCCUGUUGUCCGGACCUCUGGCAGUCUUUAUGGGGGUGCCACAGGGUUCAAUCCUCGGGCCGACUCUUCUCUGUAUACAUCAAUGAUGUUGCUCUUGCUGCUGGUGAUUCUCUGAUACACCUCUACGCAGACGACACCAUUCUGUAUACUUCUGGCCCUUCUUUGGACACUGUGUUAACAACCCUCCAGGCGAGCUUCAAUGCCAUACAACUCUCCUCCCGUGGCCUCCAACUGCUCUUAAAUGCAAGUAAAGCUAAAUGCAUGCUAUUCAACCGAUCACUGCCCGCACCUACUCGCCCGUCCAGCAUCACUACUCUGGACGGCUCUGACUUAGAAUACGUGGACAACUACAAAUACCUAGGUGUCUGGUUAGACUGUGAACUCUUCUUCCAGACUCACAUUAAGCAUCUCCAAUCCAAAAUUAAAUCUAGAAUCGGCUUCCUAUAUCGCAACAAAGCAUCCUUCACUCAUGCUGCCAAACAUACCCUCAUAAAACUGACCAUCUUACCGAUCCUCGACUUCGGUGAUGUCAUCUAUAAAAUAGCAUCCAACACUCUACUCAACAAACUGGAUGCAGUCUAUCACAAUGCCAUCCGUUUUUGUCACCAAAGCCCCAUACACUACCCACUAUUGUGACCAGUAUGCUCUCGAUGGUUGGCCCUCGCUUCAUACUCGUCGCCAAACCCACUGGCUACAGGUUAUCUACAAGUCUCUGCUAGGUAAAGCCCCGCCUUAUCUCAGCUCACUGGUCACCAUAGCAGCACCCACUCGUAGCACGCGCUCCAGCAGGUAUAUCUCACUGGUCACCCCCAAAACCAAUUCUUCCUUUGGUCGCCUCUCCUUCCAGUUCUUUGCUGCCAAUGACUGGAACGAACUGCAAAAAUCUCUGAAGCUGGAAACACUUAUCUCCCUCACUAGCUUUAAGCACCUGCUGUCAGAGCAGCUCACAGAUUACUGCACCUGUACAUAGACCAUCUAUAAUUUAGCCCAAACAACUACCUCUUCCCCUACUGUAUUUAUUUUAUUUAUUUUGCUCCUUUGCACCCCAUUAUUUCUAUUUCUACUUUGCACAUUCAUCCACUGCAAAUCUACCAUUCCAGUGUUUUACUUGCUAUAUUGUAUUUUCCUCGCCACCAUGGCCUUUUUUUUUUUUGCCUUUACCUCCCUUAUCUCACCUCACUUGCUCACAUUGUAUAUAGACUAAUUUUUCUACUGUAUUAUUGACUGUAUGUUUUGUUUAUUCCAUGUGUAACUGUGUUGUUGUAUGUGUCAAAUUGCUAUGCUUUAUCUUGUCCAGGUCACAGUUGCAAAUGAGAACUUGUUCUCAACUAGCCUACCUGGUUAAAUAAAGGUUAAAUAAAAAAAAUAUUUAAAAAAUA